UCUCAUAAUAUAAUUGUGAUCGUUGAAUCGUAAGCCAGAAAUCAGGAAAAUGUUCAAAGUGACUGUCGUGUUGUUCGCUGUAAUCAGCGCAUGCUUCGCCGCGCAAGCGUUAAUGAAGCCAGAUGAAAAACCACCGAAAUUUAAGGACGUAGAAGGAUGUUACAUUAAGAACUUGGACCAAGUGAUACCGCCCGGUGGGUCGCUACCGUCGACGGAAUCUUGCAUGAUGUAUACAUGCGGCAGAGAAUAUGUCACCCUUACUUCGUGCGGCGUAGCGGCUGCUGAGCCUCCCUGUAAAGUGGUUCACUAUAAUGAUUUUGUAGCUCGGCCCUACCCUAAAUGCUGUCCUACUGUUGAAUGUCCUUGAUUAUCUGUAUU